GUGGCUACAAGUCUGGUUACAUAUUCGAAAUUGGUCUGGUGGAACGGAGUGACCCCCUGUUGUUUUUCAGAGGGACCUGCUUGCGAGCUGAUCCAAGGACGUCGAGAGCUUUCCUGGUACCUGUCGUCCAGCAUCUCCGACCUAAGGACCAGCGAUACUCCGCAUGCUGUCAGAUUGCCCUUAAAAGUUGUUGAAAUUAAGGGGGGGGAAGACCGCUGGGGCCACCAGUUUUCAGGAUGACGGUUGUGAAAGAUACGCAGAUGCGGGAUCCAGAUCUAAUGGAUCAAUGGAACCAAUCGAGAGCGGGGACAUUUCCCGACUUUAAACAGGAUCAAAAUAGCAACUUCGAAGUGCGAAAGGCAGACCUAGUGAUACAACCUUUGAAAGCUGCGGCCUGUUUGGAAGAUCCUCCAGUGGUCAUAGACAAUUGGCCACACUCCCUAAAUCACGGCGCCUCCAGACCGGUCGGCUAUCCAGCCUUCGAACAACCUAUACCAAAACUCCCCGAGUACUCGUGCACUGAAUUCCAGAACUACGGGCAACCAUCGUGCGUAUCCCAAUGGGAGUCUGAUACGAGCCAUACUGAGCCACCGUUCCACUCUGCGCGAUUUCAGCCAACGGCACCCUAUUGCUUCGAGUCCAUGACCCCCUUCUCAGACACUGAUUCUCUAUUACAGGAUCAAUUGCAUAUAUCUGAUAUUCAUUGCCUUGAAAGCUCCAAACUACCACUUAAGCUCAAAGGCGAUACUCCUCAGCAUCCCCAGACCCCGUGGCCUUUGAGCACAGAUAUGGCAAAUCUGCGUGUAUCUUUAAAUACGCAGUAUACGCCCGGAUUCGAACUUGCAAUCGAUAGAGUAGAGGAUCACGCGACCACCCAGUCCUUCUCAUCCAUAUCAAUAGAUGGCCUUUUUCAUCGAGGAUCAACAGCAAGCAAAGUUACGGCCGAGAAUACACAGAGUUUAAGGGUCAACCCUCCUGUUCCGGGCACUGAAACCCCUGAUACAAUGGAUAUAAGGUUGGAUUCUGGCCUCCAACCCUCCGAGUUUGAAUCAUGUAGCCCAAUUGGUUCAUUGGGUGAUUUGUCAAAUGACCAACGACAGAUAUGUGUUUCAGGUGGAUUAUGGACUACCCAGGCGAAGCCAGCUCUACAAGUGCGUCAAAUUUCUUGUGGGCGGACAACGGGAGUAACUGUGUUGAAGGGGUCAUCACAUUCCGGCAAACGGAAAUCACUUAUCGCCGCUGUGCAACAUAGGACGUCCAGCAUGCGACCGAAAGUCUCCGAGAGAGAGGAAAGGAGAGGUGAUGGAACCAGCAUAAGAAGUGGACCAAAGCAUCGACUCCCUUUUCAAAUAGUCCAGGAAGAUGGGAAAGGAGGCUCACUUUCGUGUGCGUCACAAAUAUUUCCAAUUGCCAGGGCUCGUCGACAAGGGCCGUUAUCCGCCGACGGAAGACGCGAUGCGGCGCUGAGGAGAAAGGAUAAAAGUGUGUGCAUUUGGUGUCGCUUGUCCAAGAAAAAGUGUUCUGGUGAAAACCCUUGCACGGCAUGCCUUGAGCAAGCAAAGUCCGUAAUCGUCGAGCAGCCGUGCGUGCGUGCGGACUUUUUCCAGAUUGUAGAGUCCGGGACAUGCAAUUAUAUCUCACAACGAGCGGUGAACCACCUCACUCUCGAUGGUUCAUCGAGGCGCCGCAUGGAGCUACCAUCCGCUUUUGAUAUGGAUCAUUUUGUUUCCCAGCUCGAGAAGCGGCAAGGGGAAUUCAACAUCCGUGUUCAACAGGCUUGGAGAACCCUCUUCGUCUUGGACCUAAGGGAGGUUCAUAUUUAUCUAAAGACCUCUCAAGGAAAGCAAAAAGGUGGGCUGUACGAUUUGCGAGACUUCAUCGAUAACCAUAUCUUGAAGUUUAACAACUGGCAGAGAUGUGUCAAAGAGUGUAACCCCAUACAAGACGUGCUCUCCCUCCUGUCCCAAUGGAACAACAUGCCAAGUCGAGCAAGUUACUACUUCGCCUUUCACUCGGACAAUAUUCCCGAUUGCCUGAUGAACAUCGAAGACCCCAACGACCAAAUAGAGAUCCUUUUGGCGGCGCAAUUAUCUAGGAUAUUCUGCCGUAAACUCGAAGUGGACGGCUACAGAGCUCUGCAGUGCAUUCUCAACAAGAACAAAUGGGACGACACCCCGUACGACUCCUUUCUCAAAUUCGUCCUCCAGCUAGGGCGCAUACUCGUCACUCUUCGCUGGAGGGUGUCGUGGUGGGAGCUGCUCGGCGACGGUGGGCUGAAGCCGGAUAUUAACAAGAAACGAUAUGAAGACCGGGUGCGAAAUCUGUGCAAAGUCUUGUACUUUUAUUACACAUCUGUCAAACUCAAGCUGCCCUCGUGGAUGGCACCGGAUCAACUGGAUGGCGUUUGGUCUACGUAUGCGGAUGCCAAUAAAGUGUGGGAUGAUUUCCCCUCGAUGGCCACCGCCGAGGGGUAUGAGGCAUGGAUGGCGAGAGGAAAGGAGCUCAUCAAAGAGGCUGGGGUACGGAAUAGUAUUCCGAGUAUAUGAGGGCACUGGGAAAGGCUCCCUUAUCAGCUCAUUAAGGGCUUGAAAUUCGUUCUGGGGUUGAUAGGAAAACGAGCCCAGUGAGGAAUACCGUGUGGCAAAGCGUCCCGGAACUGGAUCAUGGGCUGAAGCGACUUGCUUUUGGCGAUAUAAUCUGGAUAGAUAAUUCAUGUCCCAGAUGGGAAUUCGA